AAGCCAGAACAAGAAAAACAAGAGAGAAACAAAAAAAAUCAACAAAACGAGAUUUGAAAAUCUACAGCAAUCUCCUCCAUAUGGCGUCACUACAGGCUUCAAUAUUUAUGCUUUCUACUUCUUGUUCUUCUUGCACAAGAACAAGAUCAGCGGUCUCAAUCCCAAAAUUACCUAAAUUUAAUGUAUCAACUCCGCAAAUACCGAUCAAGAACCAGAACUCAAGAGUCGUAGAAUCGAGUUUUCGGUUGGAUGGGUUUGCUGAAAAUAUCGAUCUUUCGGUGUUAGAGAGACAAGGGAAGAAGAAGAGAGCGUGCGAUGAUCAGGUCUUGCAAAGGUCCCGGCUCAUGGCAGUUCUUGAAGAAGUUAUAGAUAGAGUAGAGAUGCACAAGAACAUUGGAGAGCAACGCAAUAACUGGAACUCUCUCUUGCUUAAUUCCGUCAACAUGAUCACUCUCACUGCCGCUAUGAUGGCCGGAAUAGCCUCCAUGAACGCUGUUGGAGGAGACUCUGUUUCCGCGGUGAAUAUAGCUUCUACGCUUUUGUUGGCUUCUGCAACAGGUUUGGCUGCCUUGAUGAACAAGCUUCAGCCGUCGCAGCUAGUGGAAGAGCAGAGGAACGCGACGAGGCUGUUCAAGCAGCUGAGAAACAGAAUCGAGAUGGUUCUGAGGGAGAAGAGCGAAGAUGGAAUCAGUGAAGCAGACGUGAAAGAAGUGAUAAAGAGAGUGCUCUGUUUAGACAAAGCUUACCCACUUCCUCUUGUCGGUACCAUGCUCGAGAAGUUCCCUCAAGAAUUCAAGCCAGCGAUUUGGUGGCCCGAAACAAAACCUGAAGUCACUCAUCCCAUAACCGAAGCUAACGGGUGGAACUCGGAGCUCGAGAUGGAGAUGAGAGAGGUGGUUGAGAUUAUUAAGAGUAGAGAUGCAGAGGAGUACGAUAAAUUAGGUAACGUGGCCUUGAAAUUAAACCGGGUUUUGGCCAUCUCUGGACCGGUGUUAACCGGAAUAGCUGCUGUAAGUUCUGGUUUUAUAGGCCAUGACUCAGGUUUAGCUGGAGUAGUAGCAACGACGUGUGCCUCAUUGGCUGCCGUAGUGAACACGUUAGAGCACGGUGGUCAAGUAGGGAUGGUGUGUGAGAUGUAUAGAAACUCUGCCGGAUUCUUCUCUCUCUUGGAAGAAACGAUCAAAACAGAUAGAACAGAGGAUGGGCUAGUUUUCGAGACAAAAGUAGCGUUGAAACUUGGGAGAAGCUUGUCUGAAUUGAGAGAUCUCGCCAGAAGAUCGAGCUUAUCUCGGUUACAAGGAUCAUCCAUUGAUGAAUGCGCAAGCAAGCUCUUUUGACUAGUCUACAGACAAAAUAAUAUUCUUGCAUCCACACAAUUGUAUGGAGAUAAUAAUAGAUGUUUCUUUGACUUGUUGCACAAACCUGAAUAUAAAUAUGCAAAUUAAUUUCGCCUU